UUCCACAAGCUUAACAUAAUUAGCCGAGAGAUGUCGCCGCCCUCCAUCAGCGAGCUGUCCUUGAGCGGCUUGAUUGCUCGCCUCAAAGAGGUUGAUCACAUCAAAGGCAUCAAGAGUCCGGACGAUGAGCAGGCAGCGUUACUUGCCACUGAAACCGAUGUGAAGAAGGCACUUUUCGAAGAGUUGCAGGGGGCCAGUUCCGGCAUUUUUUCCUUCGAGAAGAAGGUUGCAAAAGAGUUUUUGCAAACACAGAUCAAGUCGGUGGAUGAUGCAGCCAAAGGAGCUGAUGCGAAGAAGAUGAAGCUUCAGGAGCUUUUGUCCGGCGUUGAGGGCGCGGCUUCAAAGGAAGACCCUGCUCAUGUACGGCGUGCGCGACAGGACCUUGCCAAGGCUGAGAAAGCCUUUGAGGAAGCGACGAAGAACUACGAGCGAUGGGAGAAAGGGAAGAAGAUGUUCUCCGUGGAUGAGAUUAAGGCGUUGAAAAGAGCCUUCGAAGAAGGGAAGCAAAAGGUGGAGAAAGCGAGGGGUCUGGUGGAGCAACAGCAGCAGCGUCGGGCCACCGCAGCUGUAGCCCCUUUGACCGAGGAGAAAGAAAGGGGUGCUGCGGCUGUAGCGACAGAAGCGCGGCUGGCCAAGAGCGCUAAGGCGCCUGGAAAGGUGGCCAACCCAGCUGUAAGCACCAAGGCGGCGCCCGCAGGGUAUCCCAAGCAGCCACCACCAGCAGCGCUGAGACAGGCGCAGUUGGCUGCACAGGUGCGGAUGGAAGCACAGCACCCUGAGGAGCCGAAGCCAGCACCCGCACCACGACCCAAUCCACGACCACGAGUUGAAGCUCCCAAGGAUGCGCCAGUGCUCUCCUACGCGUGCACCUGUUCUGCAGUGGCAGAACAUUUAUGCGUCUCAGAGGCGCAAGCUCGAGACCUUGCACAGUCUGCUGGUGAAUUUGCUCAGCAUUUUGAUGAGGAGGUCUGGCAAGCAAUCCAGGACAGAUCGUUGGCCAUCGAAAAGGCCCUUCCUUUAUCCUUGCUUCAGUCUGUGAGCGGAAUUAGAGGUGACUCAGGUUGAAAGCAGUGUGGCCAAUGGAGCCAAUGGACAAACGACAAAGGUCGCAGCACCUCAGGCCAUGGACCCCAUCAAGUUCCGGGAGGCCGCGAAGGCCAAGCCGCAGCCCAAACCGAAGGCUCAAGGAGCGCCGAAGGCGAAGGAUGCCAAGGCCCCAGUCAAGAAGCUUGCGGUGGCCAACCGCUUUGGAGGAAUGGAGUCAGAUGAUGACGAAGAAGAAGGUUGGACAGCUGUGAGGAGAUAAAACAUUUUUCGCUCGUUGAUCCACGAGGUUGUACAGAUGCCAAAGACCUCAGCACCGGAGU